AGGCUAUUGAGUCACUACAUCCUGUGACUCACUCUGUGUUUGCAUGUUUGAUUUCUGUUUGUUUUCUCCUUUUAUGACAACGGCCAAUCUGCAGUUUUUCGUAGAAAAGAGGACAAGACAUAAUAAUAAUGGCAGUCAGGAUGAGACCCUUGGAAGCAAAGGAGUCCGUAAUACUUUUUAUAAUAAUUUUGGCCCAAGGCUUUGACUACUCCUUGACAUGUUAUUGUAAUCAGCAAUAUUUUUGCAACUGUUCAUUAAAUAAUCUGCAAAAGGUCCCAAAAGUUCCAGUGAAUGCUCUUGGCCUUGACCUGUCAUUCAAUCAAAUUGAGUCUAUUGACAUGAAUGAUCUCCGCCCAUAUAGUGAGCUGAAAACCCUGAACUUGCAUAAGAACAAGCUCAAGUUUAUACACAAGGAGGCUUUCAAAUCUCAACAUAACCUGGAAGUUCUUGAUCUGUCCUUAAACAACCUAGAAAAGCUAUCUUCAUCUUGGUUCAACGAGCUUAACUCUCUUCAGCAACUGAACCUUGUAGGAAACCCAUACACCACUUUGGGACCUGCUCCCAUUUUCCAGUCUCUCCUUAACCUAAGAACACUGCAGUUUGGUAGUCCCUCACUGAGAGAGGUGUACAAGAAUGGCUUAGAUGGGCUCACUCAUCUGGAUGAGAUGACAUUCAUUGGCAGUAACCUCAAGUCAUAUGAGAACGGGAGCUUUAAAGCAGCCCGUCCAAUCGGUUCAGUCUCUUUGAGCCUUCAGAGUCUAUUUCAGAACGAUCCAAAAUUAGUCUCUAAGGUUCUUCAAGACGUCUCCCACCCUAAAACUCGGCUGAUUAUCAAAGAUGUUGAACUCAGAACGAACACUUCGACAGAAUCCUUUAAAGCGGCAAGAGAAGGUGGGACUGAAAGCUUGAGUUUACACAAUUGCACCACAACUGAUGAAGCAUUUACCUAUUUUUUGAUGGUCAUGGAUAAUUCUUCUUUGUCUUACAUUGGUCUUGAAGAAGUACAUUUGAUUGGUCGAGGGUGGUGGCAGAAAGCUUCGUACACGCAUUAUGAAUACUUACAUACGGCCUACAUACGUAAUCUUGACAUCCAAGGGUUCUUUGAGUUCAGUAGUAUGACGCAAUUGGGAUUUCUGCUGGUGAAUCUCCACAAGGUGUCCGUGAUCAACGGCACAGUGUUUGUUAUUCCUCCGAUAACUACAGUCUUGUUGAAAAAACUUGAAUAUUUAGACCUGAGUCAGAACCUCCUUUCAGACCUGACAAUUGCACCGACAUUAUCUACGAGUUUUGGAGCAUAUCAAAACCUCAUCACUCUUAACGUGAGCCAGAACGUUUUAAAAUCCCUUGGGCUGAUGUCUCAGUUGGCCACUAACCUUAAGAGCCUCACAGAUUUAGACUUGAGCCAUAACAGUUUUGUUUCUAUGCCAGAAAAGUGUAGCUGGCCAGCGACUCUCAGGUUUCUGAACCUUUCCAGCACAAAGCUACGUAAGAUGACCCCAUGCCUGCCUUCUAGCUUGACGGUCCUGGAUCUCAGUGAAAACGAUCUGAUGGUGUUCAACCAAAGAUUUCCCCAACUUAUUACGCUUAUACUGACGGGCAACCGAUUUAUAAAACUCCCACAGGGGGAAUUAUUUCCAACACUGCAGACACUGCUUAUCCAAAGAAACGCCUUGCGGAUGUUUAACAGUAGUGAUUUGAAGAGAUUCAAUAACCUACAAUAUUUGGAAGCAGGUGAUAACAAUUUUGUGUGCUCCUGCGAAUUUGUAUCUUUCUUUAAACAGGAUGUUAAACUUUUCAUCACCCUAAGGGACAGUCGUCACAAUUAUGUGUGCGACACUCCGUUCACUCUCAGAGGUGAUUCUAUUGACAGUGUCAGAUUGUCCGUUUUCGAGUGCUAUAUGAUCCCUGCUGUCUCAGUGCUUUGUUCUGUGAUUAUCAUAGCGCUUGGACUUAUUGUUGUUACUUGCCAUCAGCUUCACGUUAUAUGGUAUCUGCAGAUGACAAAAGCAUGGAUACAAGCCAAAAGAAAACCUGCAGUUGGUCGACUGGUCGAUGAGCUCCGCUAUGAUGCUUUUGUAUCUUACAGUCAACAUGACGCUGAGUGGGUCGAGGAAAUCCUUGUUCCAGAACUAGAGAGCACUCAGCCUCCAUUUGCCCUGUGUUUGCACAAACGUGACUUCCAGCCAGGCCGCUGGAUCGUGGACAACAUCAUUGACUCGAUUGAGAAAAGCCAUCGGACUCUCUUUGUUCUGUCUGAGCACUUUGUUACCAGCGAAUGGUGCCGUUACGAGCUGGACUUCUCACAUUUCCGCAUAGUCGAUGAACACAAUGACUCUGCUGUCCUGGUACUUCUAGAACCAAUCAAGAAGGAGACCAUUCCCAAACGUUUCUGCAAGCUGAGAAAGAUUAUGAACUCCAGGACGUAUCUGGAGUGGCCUGAGGAGGAGGAAAAAGAGAAGGAGUUCUGGAGCAAUCUGAGAGCUGCUCUACAGAGAGAGGAAUGUUAAUGGCUUGCCAGGUUGUGUGACAAAUAUA